ACCCGCGCAAAACUCUGCCACUUUUUGGCACAAUCGCUUCGACCGGAUCAUUACCAUGAGCGGCGAGGAACUGGCGCUGGAGACGCAACUGCUGCUGCAGGAGGCGACGCAGAUCACGCAGCAGGCGUCCGUGGAGAGCGUGCUGGAGAGUGCUGGCGCUCCACCCCCGGAGACCGAGUACGAGGCCGCCAAGAGCGCUCUACUGGCCAAGCUGCGCAAGAAGAAAGAGGCCAACCGUGCGCACCACCAGCAACUCAACCAGCGCCGUCUUGGGAUGCAGACGCCGCAGUCUGUGGUCAAGAAGAUCGAUAUGUUCUCGCCACGCAAAGCACUUAAGCUGCCGGUGGCAGCCACAGCGACUGCAACGUCUCGCAAGAAGCAGGACAUGCUGUUUAAACUCCGGACGCAGGCCAUUCAACAAGGCGCACAGAAUAUGGCCGAACUGUUCGGGUAUGCGAGCUACGAGGACCAUUUCAAGGCUUUAAACGAGGAGGAAGAGAAGAAAAUCCUGGCAAACGAGAAGCUAAAGGAGAAAGAGGAGAAAAAGGAGAAGACACAAGAGGAGGAAGAAGUGGACGAGGAAGAGACAGAACCCAUGGACACUUCAGUGGAGCCUACAGAGAACCCACAGGAGGACAAGGAAACGUCCCCAACGCCUGUUGUGGCUGAAAACCCGACGCCAAUGGAGACGGAGAGUGUGGAACACGAGGAGCAAGAGGAACAGGAGAGUGUCAAGGUGGUACGACGUCGUAACAGGAUCCAGAAGCCCGCUGCUGAAGAGGACGGCAAUGAGGCAGACAGCGAACAGGACGAUAAGGAGGGAGACGACGCAGAUGAAGACAUGGAGGACGCAACAGAGGCUGUGGAGGCUACGAACGACGCAGAGAACAGUGAAAAAGCCAACUCUACCGCGUCCUCGACCCCAAAAGACAAAGCUGCCGCGUACCGCAACUUGUUGCGUGCUGAGGCACUGCAAACCCGCAAACGCAAGCGGUUAAUUAAGGGCAGAGACAACUUUGUCGAGUCCGAAGCCGAGGAAGACGAAGAAGAGGACGUGCUGAAGAUCGGUGGACUGGGAGAUUUCGGUUUUGGCGUCCCGCAAGCGAAGACACAGGAGUCCAAGGAGGCGGAAGAAGAGCGCAAUGCUCUGACGCUCCGUGAGGGAGAUCUGGACCACAUUGUCGACGAUCUCUCGGACGAUGAACGUGCUGAGCAGCAGGACCUGGAAGAAAUGUUCCGACGGGAACAGGAAGACCAGGACCGGCAGCAAGUCAAGGAGGUUAUGCGCAAUGUGAAGGAGGGAUUCGGUCGCAAUCGCCGCGCGUUCUCCGGUCUCCACUCUGGCUCUGGAGCUCGUGGUCGCUUCAAUCUGGACGAGUUGGUGGCUGCUGACGGCAGCAAGUUUGAAGCUGCGCGUCUGGGGUUGUUGGAGUCGGACGAGGAGCUUAGUGAGGAUGAGAAUGGCGAGAAGAAGAAGAAAGAAGAAGAAGACGAAGAGGCCGAGAUGGAGCGCAUGCUGCGUGAACGUUUCUUGAACCAGCCCAAGAUUUACGUGACGUCGUCCGAGUCUGGCAGUGACGAUGAGGAAGAGGAUGAAGCCAAGAAGGACCACGGACCGGAUGGAGAUGAAGUGGAGUCGGAUGAGGAGCGAGAACGGCAGCAGAUGAAGCUCUUCUCGGAGCGAGCUCGAAUCAACCGACGUAUGCAGCGAAUGAAGGAUCUGCAGCGUCAGAUCACACUGGAGAACAAUGAAGCUGACCCGAAUGCGAAGACUGCGAUGCCCAAUCUGCUGCUGGAAGAGGACGAAGACUCGCAGGAAUUGAUGCACAUGAUGAACCGCACAGACGUCGAUGAGACAACAACUGGCAAUACUCAGAAGAAGACAAGAAAUGAUCGGUCUCGUCCGAAACUCGGUCGGUUUAACUCGUACGGGGGCAUUACGUCUGCAUCUCGAGGCUCGUCGUCGUUUAGCCGCGUGAUCGGCCACUGCAAACUCUUCAGCGCCAACUCGACUGGAGGUGGUGCUGCAUCAUCCAAGGGCUUCGUGUUCACCUCGUUCAGCUCCGAUAAGGCGGAGGAUGACGAUGAAAAUGCUGCUCCUAAUAAUGAUGAGGCUGUGCCAAUGACUCGUCCAGAACUUGGCAAGAGCAAGAGCUGGAGCGGCGCAAAGGCAGCAAAACGACGCGGAACACCGGGAGCUAGUGGCAAGACAAACAACAAGAAGCGCAAGAGCGGCGGCCUCUUCUCAGUGCUCUCCUCGUUCCAAUGCGUGUCCAGCACGAGUCAAGAGUCCUGAGUGUAGCCAUCCUAGAACUGUAUUCACUAUUUGCCACAAUCAUCUGACGUGCCAGCCAUAUGGGUUCGCUUGAGAUGGAAAUAAUCCAGUCUUUUCUGGGUUUUGUUGUUGAAUUGACACAGAAGAAGAUGGGUUAUUUCAUUGAUUCUGGUUGUAAAAGCCCAGUUGAG